UAUCGUCGAUUAUACGCGAGAUUAGAUUUACCGAGAAUGGCGGAGAGGAAAGAUAUCAGGAGCGCGUCUCCAGGAGCUUUUUAUACGCGACUUUUCUCUCUCUACUCUCCUCCAACUUUCCCGGAGAGACUCGACAUCACCAUCUUGUCGCCACAAUCACCCUCAACCUCAAUUGUCCCUAGAGCAGUCCCAUAGCUACCUCUUGACCUCUCUAAUUUCGAUCGGUUUCCGCCAUGAGAACCUCCAUCAUCCUCCCCAUCUUGGCACUCACGCGCCACGUCCUUUCUCAAAACCUCCAAUACGAUCCCCGCACCGCAAAAGAUUGCGUUGGAUGGUUUGACGUCGAAGACAGCUCUAAAGACACGUGCGAAAGCACCCUCAGGUACUUUGGUAUCAACCCCACUCAAUUCCACGCCUGGAACCCUUCCGUCGGUCUCGACUGCCAACCGUGGUUCAAUUGGAGCUACUGCGUCAUCACGAACGAAACAUUAGAGAACUCGGUAUAUUACACAACGCUCUCGAAUGGAUUGCCCUUGGCAAGUAUGACGACAGAUAGCGAAGGCUGGAGAGUACCUGUCACGAAGAGCGACGCGACGACCAGGACAACCAGCACACCUUCCCCAAUUCCUUCUCCUAGCUCAUGGAAAGAUAUCGGGUGCUAUGUCGACAAUUGGAACGAUGAGGUUGACAACGGCGUGCGGAGUUGGAUUCUCGAUAUGCGCUAUGGUCGGGAUCCGGAAGAGACGGUGUCCAAGUGCAAGGACAAAUGUUACCAUGUCGGUUAUAAGAUCGCCGGUGUAAAAGGUGGUGAUGAGUGCUGGUGCGGCAACGCUAACAACGGGACGUUAGCGGAAGACCAGAAAGACUGUAACAUGCCCUGUGCUGGUGAUGCGAAGACAAUCUGCGGAGGAAAGCAGCGCAUAAGUGUGUUCGGAGCUGGGGAGAAUACGGAAGGCUCGUCCAGUGGCAGUAUCAGUUCCGCGACUACUGCAUCGGGGACGAGUAGUGAUUCCGCAGCAAGAACGAGCAUUGCUGGCGAGACUGCGACUGCCAGCUCAGGCGCGAGAAGGAAUAUUGCAAUGUUAUGGAGGAAAUGAGUAAACGGCAUUAAUGCACCUGCCGAGCAGCCAAGCCACACUGCAUGGGACGCCUUGACCCGAAAAGAGUAGACGGACAAUCUACCACUCAUAUAAGAACAGACACUAAUCCUGAAAUGCGACAA